CUGGGAAUCAGAAACCGGGAAAAUUCUCAUCCGACGAAACGCCAGUAGAUGGAGAAAUAGUUUCUUUCUCCUUUUCAUUUUUAGUUUUUUCUUUGUCGGUUUUUUUUUUUUUUUUCCGUAAUUAAAUUGGUGAGGGGAAGCUUCGGUUCUGCUGCAAUGGAGGAAGCUUCGUGUGUGUUUGUUUUAUGGUUCAGCGUACGAUACAGGACCGUCCGCGAGCUGACUCGAUUGGAGCCUUUGUCUGGUCCGGUGUCUCUCCAGGUGUGUGUCUAGGCUUCGGAUCUGGGAGAGGCGGCGCCCCGUGGGGACUGAUGCCGGGGGAGCAGACCGGGGAUUCGCCGGCAGCCGGCGACUCGCAGAGGUCGCUUCCGACGCCCUUCCUCACCAAGACUUACCAGCUCGUGGACGAUCCGGUGGUGGACGACUUGAUCUCGUGGAACGAGGACGGGACGACGUUCAUCGUGUGGCGCCCAGCGGAAUUCGCCAGGGAUUUGCUCCCCAAGUAUUUCAAGCACAACAAUUUCUCCAGCUUCGUUCGUCAGCUCAACACCUACGGCUUCAGAAAGGUGGUGCCGGAUCGGUGGGAGUUCGCCAAUGAUUGCUUCCGGAAAGGCGAGAAGGCCCUCCUCCGCGACAUACAACGCAGGAAGAUCUCCCCGGCGGCUGCUGCUGCCGGAACCGCUACUGUGACGGUCGCCGCCAUGCCGGUCGCGGGUCUGACCGUGUCUCCGGCGAACUCCGGCGACGAGCAAGUGAUCUCGUCGAGCUCUCCGCCGGUGGCCCUGGCGACCCCCGCAGUCGCCGCCGCCUCGCCGUCCGUGGUGCACCGCUCCCCGAGCUGCACAACCGCGCCAGAGCUCUUGGAGGAGAACGAGAGGCUGAAGAAGGAGAACAUGCAGAUGAGCCAGGAGCUGUCUCAGCUGAGAGGGUUGUGCAACAACAUACUGUCGCUGAUGGCGAACUACGUCUCCCGCCACUCCGACUCCUCCUCCGCCACCGUCCCGGAGGGGCAGGCUCUGGAGCUUAUGCCGGCGAGACGGGCGGAGGACGGCGCAGGUCCGGCGCCGGCGGUGGAGGAGGACGAGGAGGAGGAGGAGGCCGCGACGGUUGCUCCGCGGUUGUUCGGGGUCUCGAUCGGGGGCAAACGGCAGAGAGUCGAAGAGAACAACAACAGCAGCGGCAGCGGCGGAGAAGAAGAGAAGGGAGAGGCGGAUCAGGUGGCGCAAGUGCCACCCGAUGAGCGUGAGCCUGGGGCGGAGGUGAAAUCAGAGCCGUUGGAUGGGAGCAAAGAUCGUCAUGGAGAAGACCCGCCGUGGCUCGAGCUCGGGAAAUGACAAAUUCUCUCCACGUGAUGUCCGUCGGAUCGAGUGUGAGGGGGACCGUGACCGUUUGGAGAGCGAGUCACGUGCGGGACACGUGGGGGUGUGGGCAUGGCCACGCGUCGCCCGCCGAGAGUGGGGCUCCGCUGGAACUCGGAAGGGGGCCCGUUUGUGCACGAGAGCGAAACUGGAAACUGAAACUCAGCGAAAAUGCAACAAAAGUCAAAAUCAUAUCCGCGUGCGAGAGAAUGUUAAGGCAAUAGAGAAAAAGCGGAGGGGAGCAGUGUGCACACGUGCGAGCGAGCGAUUUUGUCCCUAAUUAGAAUAGGGGUGUAAUAUUAACGCUUUUCGGGAAAAAAAGGAUGUAUGAAGCUUUUUAGUGAAGGGAGCCUCUUAUUUUUUUUUU